UCAGUCAUUUUGUCAUUGAGCACUGACGCAAUCUUGCCUUAAGUUCGUGGCUCGAUUAAAGGAGGAAGGCUCCAGUUCGUUAAGAUCUAACGUUAGAGACAUUAAUACAGUAUUUCUAAAAACACUUCUACUUUUAACUUCUUUCUCCCCUAAUUUAACAUUUUUAAUAUGAAGAUUUGGACCUCAGAACACAUAUUCAGUCAUCCGUGGGAGACUGUUGUGCAAGCAGCAUGGAGAAAGUAUCCAAACCCUAUGAAUCCUGCAGUAGUGGGUAUUGAUGUUGUUGACAGGAGAGUAACAGAAGGAGUGUUAAGAACCCAUCGUCUGAUCAGUACGAAGUGGGGCCUCCCAUCCUGGGCCACCAGAAUACUUGGAGCAGAUAGAACGUGUUAUGCAAGUGAACACUCGGAAGUGGAUCCAGCUAACAAAUCAAUGAUUCUAAUGUCCAAAAAUAUCACUUUUUGCAAUGAAGUGUCCAUAAUAGAAAAAAUGACAUAUUCCGCCCAUCCUUCAACAGAUGAUUGCACAUUAGUUAAACAAGAAGCAGUUAUUACAAUCCAUGGUGUUCCUCUGAGUAGCUACCUCGAAGACUUUAUUGCUAGAACGAUAUCAGUUAAUUCUGGCAAGGGCAAGCAAGCCAUGGAGUGGGUUAUUAGUAAAAUUAACACAGAAGUCACGGAACUAACUAGCAAAACAGUGAAGAGUAUGGAUGAAAUAACACUAACUGCUAAGAAGAGCAUGGAUGAUUUUACACAUAUGGCAGCAGAACCCUUGCCAAAUCUACAUUUCAGAAAAUGACAAUGGCUUUAGUUAACAUUUUUAAUUGGACUGAGUAUUUUCUGAAUCAGAAAUUAACAUCCCAAAAACGCUUGUUACUUUUGUUGAUGGUUGCUGUGGCUGUUAGAUACAAACCCCAUGUAGCGAAUGUUCAUAAAUUAUUUUUUUAUUCAAAGUAAUUUAUCUUUGAACACAAACAAAGAAGAUAUGAAUGUAGUAGAAGCAAAUAGGGACCAGUAAUAAGUGUAAUUGUUUAAAAGAUAUUCUCUCUAGACAUUAACAGUUGUAGCUAAUAAAAACAACUGAAGAAUUGCAAAUGCACAUUAAAGAUAAAACUUGGGGUUUCAUAAAGUACUUGCAUAAUUUUUUAGCUACUGUAAAUUUCUUUUAAUUCAAACUUUAACAGCGUAAAAAUUAUAACUCAUAGUAUUUAUACAUUCAACUUGAUAUCUACAUUUGAUGGGAUGUAAAUUUUUAAAUGCCAAAAAACGAUUCCUGCAAACUUCAUAUACAGCUUGUAAUUUCUCAUAUGAUUAUAGUUGGUAGUUUGAAUGUUCUUAAUUGACAUGGAUAUAUUGAGGAGUUUCAGUAGGAAUCAGUACUGUAUUGCCAACUUCCUUUGUGAAAUAUUCAUUUAAUUUUUUUUAUCAUUGGUACAUCUAACAGUUCAAAAGUUUUGAUUUCUUGACAUGUGUAUAUAUAUAUAUAUAUACUGAAAGCUAAACCUUAAAUUGUAAGCUAGUUAAGAUCUACAUGUUUAGUAAAAUGUUUCAGUUUUAUGUGUGUUGAAAGAUUGUUUACAAAGAAGGUUAAUAAACAGCAUUUCUUUUGUAACAAUAUAUUCUGACAUCAUAGAGUAGUAAUGUCCUUUAUUCAAUUUUAACCUAUGGUAACCUUAGGUUAAAGGUAGGUCAAAGUGUGCAUGUCAUGAUCUUUUUACAUAGAUACAUUAAAAAUGUAAUUAAACUUUCA